AGUAGUUCACAGCUGAUAACAGAUAUUGAGAUAAGGGUGAUUACUUAAUUUUGGAAAGAUGUUCAGGAGACGUUUAACAAAUGUGGUACCAGCUGCUGUUAAGUUUUCUCAUCAGCAUAAUAAGCUCUUCUCUGUUGAGGCUGCCCAAAGAGUAGCUCCCCUGACUGAUGGUUUGGUUCAGAGUUUACAGCGAAUUGUAGGAAAUAACAAUGUCUCGCAAGCAAUGGCAGUCCGAGAACAACAUGGGAAGGAUGAGUCUUACCAUGUGUGUGCCCCUCCCCAGGUGGUGGCUUUUGCUGAGAGUGUGGAGCAGGUGUCUGGGGUGGCACGGCUGUGUAAUGAACACAGGGUCCCUCUGAUUCCAUUCGGGAGUGGCACAGGACUGGAGGGAGGGAUCAAUGCCAUCAAGGGUGGUGUAUGUCUUGAUGUAAUGAAGAUGGACAAGAUCCUAGCAGUUCACCCUGAAGAUUUUGAUUGUCAGGUGGAGUGUGGGGUCACCAGAAAAACCCUCAAUAAUUACCUGAGGGACACCGGAUUGUGGUUCCCUAUUGACCCUGGGGCAGAUGCUUCCUUGUGUGGUAUGUGCUCCACCAGUGCUUCGGGGACCAAUGCAGUGAGGUACGGGACGAUGAGGGAGAAUGUGAUGAAUAUGGAGGUGGUACUUGCGGAUGGAAGGGUGAUUGAUACUGCCGGGAAGGACCGACGAACCAGAAAAACAUCAGCUGGGUACAACUUAACCAACCUUUUUGUUGGAUCAGAAGGAACACUGGGAAUAAUUACCAAGGCAACACUAAGACUUCAUGGAAUUCCAGAGUCAUCUGUGUCUGCAGUGUGUUCUUUUGAGGACAUCCAGGCAGCUGUUGACACAACAGUGCAGGUUUUACAGUGUGGAAUUCCAAUGGCUAGAAUAGAGUUCCUGGAUGAGGUUUCUAUUGAUGCAUGCAACAAGUACAGCAAUAUGGACAUGAGAGUGGCGCCCUCUCUCUUCCUGGAAUUCUCAGGGAGCCCAAAGUCACUUGAUGAUAAUGCAGAAAUUGUGGGUGAGAUUGUCAAGAUGAAUGGAGGAUCCGACUUCAAGUGGGCCACAGAUGUGGAUGAGAGAAAUCUGCUAUGGAAGACCAGGCAUGACAUCUUGUAUGCUUGUAUGGCACUCAGACCGGGGUGUAAGCCUUAUUCCACGGAUGUCUGUGUUCCAAUUUCUAACCUCCCAAAAGUUGUGGUGGAGUCCAAAAAAUACAUCGAUGAAGCAGGUGUCAUAGGUGCGUACAUACUGGGCCAUGUAGGUGAUGGAAACUUUCACAUCUUGUUUAUAAUGGACCACACAAACUCACAUGAAGUACACACUGUUUUGGACAUUGCUAACCGGGUGGCUUUACUUGCUCAGGAAUUGAAUGGUACCUGCACGGGGGAGCAUGGUAUUGGUCUCGGAAAGCGAGAGCUGCUUCUGAAAGAAAUCGGAGAAACUGGAAUUGAGGUCAUGCAGCAACUCAAGCAGACCAUGGACCCUAAUGGCAUCCUAAAUCCUGGCAAAGUCUUCUUUUGAAUCUGCUCUGCUUAUUUUCCAAACAUUUUAGUAUUAUACAUGUACAUGCAACCUCCAUAAAUGACUUUUGCAAUCUCUGAUUUGUUCAAUAUAAUGUUCAUUUUUGUUUUGCCAUUUGUAAUAGCCUGAAAAAAAUCCAGCUCAAGUGCUACUUAAAGAGUGCCUACUUCAUACUUUAAUUAGCAGGCUUUGUAAACAAGCUUGCAUAUUGUUUUGCACUAUGUGUAUGAAUUAAUAUAUGCAAUAAUGCAGCUUUCAUUUUGGUACAAGAGAAACACUUUUUUCCUUAAUCCUAGAGUUGUGCCUUUUAUUAAAUUCACUUACUACAUGUUCAAGUAGGGCUAGUGGUUUUGGGUAAACACAUUAUUUCUGGUUUUAAUUAAGACUUAAUUUAAGACCACACAGCAUUUACACACAAGCAUAUGUAUAUGCAUAUAUUGUAUUUUAUACAUUUAUUGUUUAUGACAAAAAUAUGUAGGUUUUUUGUUAAACAUUAUUAAAUUGCAUAUAAUGAGAUUGAUUGUACUUUGAAGUCCUUCAUCCUGGAUUUUUAUUAAUUGAUUUCUCUGUGUUUUGCAUGGACAUUGAUGGUGCUUUUGGGUAGUUAAUGUGAAACAUAUAAGUUUUUUUUAAUUAAUACAUCACCUCUUAACUUUUGAUUCUUACUUACAUAAAAUACAGCUACAUGUAAAGAUGUAGUGCUUUUAGGGGGAUUGGACAACAGAGUGGAAAUUAUGUAAUACAUGUACAGAAAUAAUGUAAUACAAUACCCGGUAUAAUGUAAAUAAUGUAAUACAGAAAAUAUAAGAGGCUCUAUAGUUAUGGUUUUAUUACAAUCAAAGGAGUUGUCCAUGUAUCUGCUUUAUUUUUAUUUUUUUUUACUAAUUGAAGAUACACUUCUGAAGGUGAUUACACUUUUUGAUUGAAUAUAUCCCCGUUACAUAAGGAUGUAUUUUCAAAACAGUUGUUUUAAAACUAAUAAAUAUUAUAUAUUUGCACCAUUUUUUUAACUGAAUUUAAUUGAAUUUUAUAUCUUAUAAGUUGUUUUUCUUUUUGGUCAAAAUAAAUCUUAUUUUUCAACAUAUACAAAUCAUAAAUUGGUAUAUUCCUUGUUUAGUUUGUUGUGUUAUUGGUUUCAUUUUAUGCUUGCAUGAAUAUUCAUCAUUAAAACUUUUAAGUCAUUAAAUGAUCUUAUAUUUGAACAUGCAAAUCUAAGUAAAUCAAUAUCAUAAUGACCUUUGGAAGUUUUCCUUCAAUAUGAAAUGUAUAUUAUAUGAUUACUACAUAGUUAUGAUAUGCCUGUGUACAUUGGGUUACAGUUGUUUGCAAACUCUUGCCAAUAUCUUUUCCCAAAUGCAAAUGAUGUUCAUAAGAUUAUGACCAUGAUCAUGAUGGUAUAUCAUAAAUAAACGGAAAGUGUAUUGUAGAGAGAACCCAUGUGCAACAGUCUUGUUUAAUUAUUAAUCAGAUCGUUAUUGUUAAUUAUUUUUUGUUGCUUAUGAUAUGAAUAAAAUAAAAAAUGAUCUAAAAUUAGAA